AUGGGGGACAGAACAUGCAUUAUAGAUCUUGCAAGGAUGCUUAAUUUGAGCCCGACAACAGUUUGGAGAUUAAUCAAGAGAAAGGUGUUAAAGGCUCACUCAAGUCCCUUAUGUCCCGGUAUUUCAGAAACUUGCAAGAUGACAAGAAUGAGAUGGGUACUUAGAUUAAUUAUGGAUUACUCAAUACCACACGACCCAACAUAUUAUGGCAUGUAUGACUUCAUUCACAUAGAUGAAAAAUGGUUUUUCCUAACACAGAAAAGUCAAAGAGUAUAUCUUGCAAACAAUGAACCAAAGCCACACAGAAUUGGAAAGUCAAAAACAAAAAUCCCUAAGUUUAUGUUCAUGGCAGCAGUAGCAAGGCCAAGAUGGGGUGAUGAUGGCAAUUGUGAGUUUGAUGGCAAAUUGGGUAUUUUUCCAUUCACAAAUUCAGUUGCAGCUAAAAGAACAUCAAAGAACAAAGUGAAGGGGACAAUAGAAACCAAGCCAGUGAAGUCAGUGAAUCAAAUAGCAACAAGGGACAUGAUGAUCAACAAGUUAAUUCCAGCCAUCAAAGAGAAAUGGCCACCUCAUGUCGGGGAAAAGGUGAUCUACAUAAUUCAAGACAACGCAAAAGCACACAUAUUGCAAUCUGAUCUAGAGUGGCAACAACACUACAAACAAGAUGAGUUUACUUUUGUAUUAACUCAACAACCAGCAAACAGUCCAGAUUGUAACAUAUUGGAUUUGGGGUUUUUUAGGUCAAUACAAUCACUCAUGCAUAAGAAAAUGCCAAAGACAGUGGAAGAUUUAAGUGGAGCAGUGAUGGACUCUUACAAAGAACUUCAUCCAAAGACAUUGUCUAAUGUGUGGAUGACACUCCAAUAUGUGGGAAAUGAAAUUCUAAAACACAAGGAGACAAUAACUACCAACUUCCACACAACAAGAAAAAAAAUUAGAGGAUGA